UGGCUACAAAUCAGAUAGGCAGUUUAGCGAGUGAAGGUACAGAAGACUUGUACGAGAACAUUUGAAGUACGUGUAGUCAUGGCGGAUAGGCUACCACGUUGGGAAAGGUGACAUUCCAUGCAGCGAAGUCGCAGCUCGUGUAUUCCCGCGGCCUUGGUAUGGUACCUGUCUCGUCCUCUGCAGCAAGGUCAAAAAGAAACAUACAAAUUAUCUGGUUUUUCCCUGUCUCACGACUGUUAACGAAGGAAUAUCAUGUCUAAUCAGGCGGUCAACACUUUUGAGGACCUCACAGGUGUCUCAACUUCCUCAUUCAGCAAUCCCUACGACGCACUGAUUGCGGCAUGCGAAGACGAUCCGACGCGAAUCCAAGAAAAGUAUGAGCUGCAUCGCACCACAAGGAACCAGCAGCAAAAGGCGAAGAUGCUCGACGCCAACUUCCAAGGCGUCAACAUAGAUCCAAUACUGUUAAGAGUCCAUGAUACCACUGUCGAGCCUGGAUACAAAGAUCCCCGCAACUGCUUUGUCUUUUGGGGAAGACCGACACAGCAAGUCAAGGAUAUGAUCAACCGAGUGCAACAGGAACUGCUGACGGUGGCACCUAAUCUUUGGCUCAUGCCACGGGACAACCUCCACAUCACGGCAUUGGAAAUAACGCAUUCGAAGACGGCACCGGAGAUUCAGAAGCUAGUAGAUGGAGUACGAGACAAGAUACCUGCCAUAACUGACUUCACCCACGACCACCGCACGCGCCUUAUCAAACCGCUCAUCGGGUACGACGCUUCAGCCAUAGCAUUGAGCUUUGUACCUGCAGCCAGCGAAGGCCUACAUUCGGGUCGCACACCAGAGGACGAUAAACUCACUUACCAUCAUCUCCGCCGGGACCUCUUCUCCAUGUGCCGUGAUGCAGGCCUUCAAGUUGAGUCACGGUACGUUGUGCCCUCAAGCCAUCUCACCAUUGGCCGCUUUAUCCAUACCAAGGACUUUGAAGACGGGACUGGCUCGCCUGAUGCUCAAAAGACGAAAGCUUUGAUCGAUAAAAUCGAAAAGAUUAAUGCUUGGCUCGAGAAAGAGUAUUGGCCCGAACACAACGAAGGCAAGAUACCUACUGGUGGAGAGUUCAACGUGGGACAAGAAACAGGUCUGCACUGCAGGACAGGUACUUUGUGGUAUGGCGGAGGCAAGGCAACACCUUUGCGACCCCGUGAGGCCUCAUUACUUCUGCCUCCUCCAAGACCAUACGUGGCAUACACCACUCCCUACAUUCUCGAGUUCGAUAACGACUUCCAACCGCCAAACAUGUUCAACCGCGACCGACUCCCAGGCCUUCCUGGAAGCUCCCCUCGGCCAGCACCACGCAACGACGGUUACGGACGGCCACCGCAACAGCAACCACCACAAGGGCCUCCGCGCGGACAAGACACAAGAAUGGGCGGCUACGAUGACCGACAACCACAAGCCUAUGGUGCUCCACCACCUGGUGGACAGCGUAUGCCCGCAAGAGGCCCACCAGGAGGCGGUGGAGGGGCCGGGCCUGCAAGACAGUUGCGGCCCAUCAAGAGCCCAGGAGGCAACGCCUAUGCUUUCGGCAACAUUGUUGCAGUCUCGCCUCAAGACUUCCCACCAAACCCCGACGGCUCCGAUGUCUACAUCCUCAUCAACGGAAACUUCGCCCUCUCUGCUCGACCUACACAAGGAUGCAACCCAGGCGAGAUUGGUCUCACAGAUGCACAACGAACAUGGGCUAGUAUAUCACUUGGGCCUCAGGAGGUUGUCAUGGCAGCACCUUACGACCACUUUGCUCAGAGCGGCGGAAAGUCAUACCUGGGCGCAGUUGACGUCGAAGUCGGAUUUGCAGGGAGGAAGACCACCGAGACGCCGUACGACCAGGACGAGCUCGCUACCAUGCUCAAGAAGAGUUUCGAGAAUCAGAUCCUUGCGCCAGGCCAGCAACUCUUGAUGGAUAUCAAGAGUAUACCACUCAGGCUAUCCAUACGAACUGUCACACUUGCGGAUCUGUCCAUGGAGAAGGACGACACGAACGCGCCCUCCCUCACCGAUCCGCGUGCUCGUGGAAUCCUCACCAGACAUACUCAGGUCGAUUUCUUCAAGGACGCUCGAACAGACAUUAAACUAAAAGCAUCAGCGCGACGCGCAGCGGCAAACUCCAUCAUCCAGCCAGGUUUCAAGUUCGAAGAUAUGGGUAUUGGUGGCUUGGAUAAAGAGUUUGGUGCCAUCUUUCGACGAGCUUUCGCCUCCCGUAUUCUGCCUCCGGGCAUUCGCGAGAGAAUGGGUAUCGAUCACGUCCGUGGUAUGCUUCUAUACGGACCCCCUGGUACUGGUAAAACUUUGAUUGCUAGGCAAAUCGGAAAGAUGCUGAACGCCCGGGAGCCCAAGGUCAUCAACGGCCCUGAAGUACUAAACAAGUACGUCGGAGCUUCGGAAGAAAACAUCCGAAAAAUGUUCGCCGAUGCAGAGAAAGAGCAAAAAGAGAAGGGCGAUGAGAGUGGCCUUCAUAUCAUCAUCUUCGACGAACUUGACGCUGUCUGCAAGCAGAGAGGUUCUGGUGCGGGCAGCGGUACUGGCGUAGGCGACAGUGUUGUCAACCAGCUGCUAUCCAAGCUCGAUGGUGUCGAUCAGCUGCACAACAUCCUACUCAUUGGUAUGACGAACCGCAUGGACAUGAUCGAUGAGGCCCUCUUGCGUCCCGGUCGUCUCGAGGUGCAUCUGGAGAUUUCCCUGCCUGAUGAGUCUGGUCGAGCCCAGAUCCUCAAGAUCCACACUGCGAAGAUGCGCAAGAACGACGUUCUUGCGCCCGAUGUCGAUGUCGAAGAGUUGGCUAAGCUGACGAAGAACUUUUCUGGUGCUGAAAUCAAUGGUUUGGUGAGGGCUGCCACAUCAUACGCCUCCAAUCGACAUAUCAAAGACGGCACCACUGUUAAGGCAGACGUGGAAGACAUCAAAGUUAUGCGACAAGAUUUCAUGACGGCACUUGAUGACGUCAAACCGCUUUUCGGUGUCGCUGAAGAGGAACUCAGCAAGCGACUACGACACGGUAUCAUCCACUACUCGUCAUUCAUCAACGAUAUACUGGAGGACGGACGCCUGUAUAUCAAUCAAGUCAGGAAACCAGAAUCAUCGCCGCUACUCUCUGUUGCACUACACGGACCACCAGGUUCUGGAAAGACAGCUUUGGCUGCCAAAAUGGCCAUUGAUUCAGGCUACCCGUUCAUCAAGUUGAUUUCAGCUGAAGACAUGAUUGGCUACAGUGAGAUGCAAAAGGUUGGGCAGCUCGACAAGGUGUUCCGAGAUGCAUACAAGAGUCCAUUAAGCGUUAUCGUCAUUGACUCAAUUGAGCUUUUGUUGGAUUGGGUACCAAUUGGUCCCAGGUUCAGUAACACGGUUCUGGCUGCUCUGAAGGUCCUGCUUGGCAAGGAGCCACCAAAGGACCGUCGCUUACUUAUUUUCGCGACAACAACCGAACGAUCGGUACUCACACAGCUCGACCUCUUCGCCAGAUUCGAUGCCGAAAUCGCAGUCCCAAACGUGAACACACAAAAGGAGCUCGCCAAUGUCCUGCAAGAAUCUGGUGCCUUCUCUGAUUCCGAUCAACAGCGUGCCAUCAGUGAGAUACAGGAGAUGACAGGUAACACUGAAAUCGGGGUCGGUAUCAAGAAGAUCCUCACCGGUAUCGAGACCGCGAAGCAAGACCAGGAUGUACCUGGCCGUUUCGCUCGCGUCAUGUCUCGUGCUAUUGCUGCGAACCGGGGUUCGAUUUAGGCUGGCAAGGGUUCAACAUCAACGAACUACUCGUCGGACCAUCGAAUUGAAUUAGCUAGACUACCUGUAGAUGUCUUAUGCAACCACUGUAAUGACAGCAUCUAUUGUGGGAACAUAGAAUAAUUAUUGAGAAAGGAUAUCAUGCUG